AUGGGAGUAAUAAAUAGUCCUACUUUUGAUAAACAAAUGUCUAUAAAAGUAGAUGAACCAGUGAGUGCAAUGACAAUUUCAGCAUGUGGUAGAGAUGUAAUAUUAGCAUCACGAAAAGGAAUUCUCGUUGUUGAUAUAGACAAUCCAUAUGAUCCUCCCCGAUUUCUUCCCCAUUUUACUACAUGGGAAGUAGCAGAUGUUCAAUCGUCUCCUCAUGCAUGUCGUGCAUACUGGAUUGCUUCUACUUCAAACCAAAAAACUAUUGUAUGGAAUCUUUCAUUGCCGUCACGAAAUGCAAUAGAAUUCGUCUUACAUAGCCAUUCUCGUGCAAUUACUGAUAUCAAUUGGAGUGCACACCAUCCGGAUAUAUUGGCAACUUGUGCUAUAGAUUCAUAUAUUUAUUGUUGGGAUCUUCGAGAUACAAAAAAACCAAUCAAUAGUUAUUGUGAUUGGACAGCAGGAUCAACACAAGUCAAAUGGAAUUGCCAAAAUGAACAUGUUUUAGCAUCAAGUCAUGGGCGGUUUUUAAGAAUAUGGGAUGAUAGAUAUGGAUCACGUCCAUUUAAAUCAAUUUGUGUUUGCGAAUAUUUGACAAAAAUAUAUGGAAUAGAUUUUAAUAGGACAAAAGAAACAAAAAUAAUUACAUGUUCUUUGGAUAAAUCUGUUUGUUUUUGGGAUUAUGAAAAAAAUGAAAAUAUACCAGAAAAAAUAAUACGAACAAACACACCUGUUUGGAGAGCACGUCAUACGCCAUUUGGUUGGGGUGUUAUUACGUUACCUCAACGUGAUGAUAAUUCAUUAUAUUUAUGGGAUAUACAAGAUGAAAAAAAUUUCCCAGUAGAACCAUUAGUUAAAUUUGAAGGGCAUACAGAUAUUGUUAAGGAAUUCGUUUGGAGAUAUAGUGAACCUGAAGAUAUAUCUAGAGAUACCAGACAAUUUCAGCUUAUAACAUUGUCUAAAGAUCAUCAUUUGCGACUAUGGCCAAUGUCUAAUGAAAUAUUGGAAUCUGUUGGGCAUGAUCCAAAAAAACCGAUAAGAUUCAGAAUGACAUGUUCAGGUGCAGAAUAUAAAACUUAUCGUUACGAGCCUUUUAUAAAUCAGAAAGAUACUUCAUUAAUUUAUUCACAAACGCCUCAAACAACAUCUAUUUUAAGAAGUUCUGGGAAUAAUAAAGUAAAUGCAAUAUUUAAUAGAUAUAAAACUGCCACAGAAAACCACAUGCGUGGAAUAUAUAUGACAAAAGCUACAAAAUCAUUCAAAGGAGUUCAACCUUUAGCAUGGAUGAGAGGUGUACACAUAGAACGAUCUAUAAAUAAUAAUUCACCUACCACGUGGAAUAUUCCUGAAAACUUGGGUGAAGAGCUUUCAUGGAUAGGUCAAAAAUUCUCAAAAGUUAAUUUUGAAGAAAUAAAUGUAACUGAACGUAAUUGUACAUUAACACUUAAUGGUCCUUGGGGUGCUGAUAACAUUAUGAUAUUUAUUAGGCUUCUUGUUAAAUUUCCGUAUAAUUAUCCUGGAAAUGCUACUCCAAAAUUUGAACUUGAAAAAACAUCGUCUCUAUCUGAAGAAAAUUAUACAGAAAUUAGACAUUCUUUAAUUAAAAUAUCAGAAAGUUAUCUUAAAAAAAAAGCACCAUGUUUAGAAAUAUGUAUUCGUUAUCUUUUAGGAGAAAGCGUAUUAAGUGGAAAAUGGAUAUCAGAUAGUGAAGGUGAUUUUUCAAGUGAUGAUGAUCAAACUUUAUCAAAUUCAGCUUCUUUGGAAAAAAACAUAAAUAAUAUUAUUGUACCUAUCCCUCGGAAAUGUGCAGCUGCAUUUUUUUCUUGUGGAAAACUUGUUUGUUUUUUCCCAAAAAAAAGUGAAACAGUUAACAAAAGAGUAAUAUCAAUUCUUUCUGAGAAAAAAAAUAAAGAAUUUGAAUCACAUCAUCAUUAUUUGUUCGAAUCUUUUGGUAAUAUUGAGAGUUUUGUUAACAAUAAAAUUGGAAUAAAUUCUGAAGACUUAUCUUUAAAAUGCAAUUCUUUAAAUUCUGAUGAUGAUAUACAAGCUGGAUCUUAUUUUUUAAGAACAAAAUCCUUUAAAUGGAAAAAUUCAAGAAUAUAUUCACAUAAUCAAAAUGAACGUUAUUCUAAUCGUCGAAUGGCAAAUACACGUUCUGAAAAUUAUUAUGGAAAUAUCAUUAUUAUUCAGAAUAUUAGUCAUCUUGAACCCGUUAAAGAAGAUUUAGCAAGAGAAUAUAAAAUUCAGGGUUCUUGUCCUGAAAUAUGUGAACAUAAUGCUAAAAUUGCAUCAAAAUAUGGAUUUUCAGAACUUUGUAAAGUUUGGACACUUAUAAAAAUGUUAGUAUCUAGAAUUGAAUCUGAAAAAAUUGUGAAUUUUUUAUUUACAGGUAAAAAUGAUAUAAACACUAAUCUUAAAUUAUUAAUUCAUGAAUACUUAACUAUUUAUAAUUUAGAAAAAAUGACAAGACCUUCACUAUCUACUAAAAUUCAUUGGGGUUACCAUCCUUUCGGACAAUGGCUAAUUAAUCAAAUUUUUUCAUAUUACGAAAAUAUAAGAGACGUUCAAACUUUAGCAAUGUUAUCAUGUGUACUUGAUAGUUCAACAGGGUUAAAUGUUUUUCAAAAUCCUGAUCAAAAUAAUAUUUUUUCAAAGAAAAAUUCUACUGAUUAUUUUUUACAAAAUCAAUCAGAAUUAUCUAAAUAUCUUGAAACUUCUAUUAUUUUUUUAAAAGAACCAUGUAAAAUAAAUAGUAAUAUGAAAUUAGGGUUAAAUGAAGAGAUACCAAUAUCUUCGAUUUCACAAAGUUCAAAUAAGUCAUUUCAAGACAAUAAUAUGUUUUUAUAUAAUAAUAACAAUACACCUUUUUAUGAAAAAUAUUAUAAUCAACAUUCAGAAUCGGAAAAUAUACAUAUUUCUCCAAAACCAUUUUUUGAUCCUUAUUCAACAAGUGUAAAGUAUAAUAAUUCUAAUAAACAUAAAGCUACUCCUUUUGAGGUAACACUACCUGUUCCUGCAGAAGAACAUAAGAAUAAACAUUCUCAAUUAUAUAUUAAUUCAAAUAAUUCUGUAUCGAUAAGAAUAUUAAAUUAUCAGCUUGACGAUGAAUUAGCAUUAUCCUCAUAUUCCUUUUUUAAUGAAGAAAGAAAACAACUAAAUAAAUUCUAUAGAAAAAGUUAUGCGGAGUUCCUUUUUAGAUGGAAAUUGUAUAAAGAACGUGUUGAAAUUUUAAAAUUUAAUUCAGAAUUUAAAAAUGAUAAAAUAUCUUCUAAUAAAGAGGACACUAUAUCUACUUUAAAUAAUAAGUCAGACUGUAUUAAAUGCUCUAUAUACCAAUCUUCAAUAAAUAAAAACUAUAUUUUGUGUAAACAAGCUAAAUUUUUUUCUAAUUGUACAUUUUGUGAAGUACCUGUAAAAGGAUUAGCAUCAGGUUGUACAAAUUGUUCUCAUGGAGGACAUGCAAAAUGUAUGGAAAAUUGGUUUAUACAGACCAAAGAAUGUCCUACAGGGUGUGGAUGUGAAUGUCUUUUAUUUACUGUUUCAAAAGAAAAGAACCUUGAUAAUUUAAGCAUUAAUAAUUCUCAAUCAACAAUACAUUUUUCAAUAAAAGAAAAUAAUAUAAAAGAAGUAUGGUGUAGACCACACAAUAUUACUAUUUUUAAAAGCAAAAAAUUUCAAAGUGGACAUAUUGAUUAA